UGCAUGAGGGCAGGCAAUUCUCACUUGUAAUGCUUGUCUUAAAAAAGGCCAUCUGUAUUUAUAAACAUGUGCUCAGGUAGCCAAGAAGCACAAGACAUAGCACAUUACAUGCGGAGGGCAGGCUCUUAAACAGGCCUCUGUUUACUGUCCAGAACUUUUAAUAUAACGGAAUACAUCCAAUGCUUGAAGUUCUAUUUAAUUCCACCACUCUACUGUAAUGCAAAUGACCAACUCAUGCAAUGGUUCACUAAUCAGAGGACCAUCUAUGGAAAGGUCACCGCAUUUGGGACCAAAACAGGGUCAGCUGGCAGCACACUGACAGAGAGGAAUAGGUGGAUCGAGGAGAAGUGGCGGUUCCUAUCAGGGCAUAUUGUGCGUGUAGUGACCAGGACUAGCGCACCCAAGGAACAACACAUCAUUGACCAUGCGUUCGAUGAUCCUCAGGAAGGGACUUCCAUGCCGAGCCCAUCCACCAGCCAACAGCACCGCAGUAGGCACAUUUCCAGCAUCGACCUCACCACACCCGCUGAAGAAGGGACAGAUGGAAACAGCAUUAAAAGUCUCAUUAAUACUGUUCGAGACGGUAUUAAAUUGUUGGAGGAAGGACGCCUGAGACCGAACAGCUUUACGCAGAGGGCAGUAGACUUCUGUCAAGCUAUUAUGGAAGAAGAAAUAAAUGAACGACAAUGGGAUUUUGUAUGGAAUAUGAUCAAUGGGGCAAUCACUAUGCGAAAUAAAAAGUUAAUGGAAGCACGUGCACCUGAGGCGCAGCGUCCACUGGUUCCUCAGCCUCGCCCGCCUCACUUCUAUGACCAGUAUACAGAUAGGACAUAUGGAUUGCCACGUGCAAUGGGAGCACAUCCAACAUUCCGUGCUGAACAGAGACACUCACCAUCACCACUGAUGUUUACAGAGCAGCAGCCUGCUAGAAAUCCACCUUUGCCUUUUGUUUAUGGAGAGGGCCGUGCACAAACGCCAUUUCAAGAAGGGGCAGAUGGUUUCGCUGACGUCAAUGACUCAAGUUAACCCUCGGACGUUGAUAAUUAUUUAUGUGGUGUUUAAAUAACCAUUUGAGUUUUAGUUUAUUUUAGUUGUUGGCCACUCAACAUUUGGUGUGACAUCUAGAGUCCUUUAUAAAUGUCUGUAUGUUAAUAUGUGUGUCUUUUCCUCUUGGGCAUUACUUUGUUUCUGUUGGAGGCUCCACAUUUGAUUAUAGCCUGAAGUGUGAUAAAGCUUUUAUCUCAGCAGUUUGAUUUGUCAGUGCUUGUUUACCUCAUUGUUAAAUAAAU